CGCCGGUCUAUAUAACGGCGGCGAGGAGCCGCCGGCGGCAGCAGCAGCAGCAGCAGCAGCGGCGGCUCCGCUCCGCACCGCUCCCGGCACCGCGUCUCUCCGCUCCGCAACCUCUCCGGACGGGACCGUACCGCACUUUUCGGCGCCGUCCGUCCUCGGUAAACCCGUCGGAGCUUCGGUGAGCGGUACGGCCGAAGCGGCGCACCCCGCUCCGCCGGCCCCGGCCCCGGCCCCCGCGGCGGGCGGUCCCGCGGGCGGUAGGAUGGCCGCUAAACCGGCCGAGCUGCUGGGCGUCUGCUCCAGCUACCAAGCGGUGAUGCCCCACUUCGUGUGCGCGGCCGAGGAGUUCCCCCCGCCGCCCGCCCGCCCCGCCAAGACCCCCAAGGGCAAGCUGCGGCGGCCGCGGCAGUCGCGCUUCAAGACGCAGCCGGUGACUUUCGACGAGAUCCAGGAGGUGGAGGAGGAGGGGGUGUCCCCCAUGGAGGAGGAGAAAGCCAAAAAAUCCUUCCUGCAGUCGCUGGAGUGCCUGCGGCGGAGCACCCAGAACCUCAGCCUCCAGCGGGACCGCCUCGGCAGCUGCCGGCUCCGCAACAGCCUCGACUCCAGCGACUCGGACUCGGCCCUCUGAGGGCGGCGGGACCCGGUCCCACCCGGUCCGACUCGGUCCCACCCGGUCCCACCCGGUCCGACUCGGUCCCACCCGGUCCCACCCGGUCCGACUCGGUCCGACCCGGCGGCAGCGGCACGGACUGGGCUCCGCUGCAGGGAACCGUCCCCGGGCAGCCGGGUCUCGGGUCGGGAUGUUUUCUAAGAAAGCGCUUGUACCUUCGUUUCUAUUCGAUUGUAUGAAACUCUCCCGUUUAAAAGACGAACGCGCGCGGAAAAAAAAAAAAAAAAAAAAAAAAAAUCUUUUCUAUUCGUUAGGAGAAAUGAGCUGGUUUAGAUGCGUUGAGCUGCUGGACUUUAUAUUUAUUUUUGCAUUUAAACUGUUGACUGCGUUAAUUUAAUAUGUUUCUACCUGAAUGUCUGUUAUUAUUUCCAUAAAAGAGUAAUAAAAUCUGAUAUAUUUGCACAGUA